AUGGGACAAGAGACACCUGACGAAGAGAGACCCGAGUCACCUGAUCUUUGUGUCUACGGAGGUCUCGGCCCGACCCGUUUGUCCGGAGACCUGAAUCCGAAACAAACGAUUAAGCGAGGGAAGAGGAAGAGAUUAAUCCGAGUUUGGUACGAGCAAACGACGGCUAAAACAGCCAUCGGCGUAAUAGGGAUUUUGGGUUUCUUCUUCCUCGUGAAUUGGUUCUUGCUCUCUCGCCUUCACGAAGGUCGAGUUUGGCUUCGAAAAGGAUUCCCCAAGAACCCAAACCCGGACACGAAAUGGGUCUCUGCACAGAAUGAUGAGCGCAAAAGGUUUGGAAAAUCAAAGAGAAAAUAUAACGGAACAUAUGAUAGAAUGUUGUUUCUAGCUGCUCAGAAUUUGGCAGAGAACAAACUUGAGCCAAAAGACUUAUGGCAGGAGCCAAAGGAACAAGCUUUGGCUUGGAAGCCUUGCGCUGAUCAACGCUAUUGGUCUCCUGACGAUGGCAAAAAUGGAUAUAUUAUGGUAACUGCAAACGGAGGGAUUAAUCAACAAAGAGUUGCUGUAUGUAACAUCGUUGUUGUAGCUCGGUUGCUGAAUGCGACUCUCGUCAUUCCAAAAUUCAUGCUAAGUGACGUUUGGACAGAUGGAAGUCAGUUCGGAGAUAUAUAUCAAGAGGAACAUUUUAUUAAGUAUCUGUCGCCUGAUAUUCGGAUAGUAAAGGAACUACCAAAAAAGCUUCAAUCUUUGGAUCUUGAAGCAAUCGGAAGCGUUAUGACAGAUGUGGAAGUGAUGAAAGAAGCCAAACCAGGUUUCUAUUUGCAACACAUUCUCCCAAUGCUACUCAAGAACAGAGUAAUCCAUUUUGUUGGAUUCGGAAACCGCUUAGCUUUUGAUCCGAUGCCGUUUGAGUUACAGAGGCUUCGAUGCAGAUGUAACUUUCACGCGCUAAGCUUCGUCCCGAGAAUACAAGAAACAGGUGCGUUGCUCGUGAGGAGGUUACGGAACAGAGAAUCUUACCUUGCGCCACUUGACCUGCCUCUCGUCGGUCCAAAAUCGGCUUCUUUAAUCUUGAACAAGAAGUCUGAUCCUCCUGCGCAGAAGAAGAAGGGUUCUUCUUCUUCUUCUUCCAAGUAUCUUGCUCUCCAUCUACGGUUUGAAAUCGACAUGGUGGCUCAUUCUCUCUGUUAUUUUGGAGGAGGAGAAACAGAGCAGAAAGAGUUGGACUCUUACCGCCAAAAACAUUUUCCGUCUCUCUUGAAUCUGACCAAAACGAAAAGAUUCCCAUCUUCCGAUGCUUUGAGGACGGAAGGACUUUGUCCUUUAACACCCGAAGAAGCUGUGCUCAUGCUCGCGGCUCUUGGCUUCAACCGCAAGACCCGUGUGUUUGUAGCUGGCGCGAAUAUUUACGGAGGAUCAAAACGUUUAGCCGUGUUAACGCGUUUAUACCCAAAUCUAGUCACCAAAGAGAAGUUACUAUCUCAAGCCGAGCUACAACCUUUCAAGAACUUCUCAUCUCAGCUAGCGGCUUUAGAUUUUAUUGGUUGUGCUGCGGCAAACGCUUUUGCAAUGACGGAUUCAGGGAGUCAGUUAUCGUCUCUUGUGUCGGGUUAUCGGAUUUAUUACGGAGAGGGGAAAAUGCCAACGAUUAGACCGAACAAGAGGAGACUUUCGGACAUUUUGUUGAAGAACAAGACGAUUGGGUGGAACGUUUUUGAGCAGAGAGUGAGAAAAGCGAUUCGACAAACCAAACAUGUCUUCGCUAGACCUACUGGUCGCAGCGUUUACCGUUACCCAAGAUGUAAAGAAUGUAUGUGUAAUCGAUAA